AUGGGCUCUAGUAAUACAUCUUUAAUAACAAACAACGAUCAAAAUAAUAGAGAUUAUUCGACUAUUUCUCGAGCCAAUGAGACUGGUUAUUUGAGCGACGGUAGAUCUGUUUCUUCGGACGAGACCUGUGGGAACAGAUUUCGAUUUUUCAGCCCCGAUUACGAAGAUCUGGAAGGUAAUAUAGACGAUGAUGAUGCGUUGACGACUUCGAUCAGCAAAGAAAUAAGCCAUUUGCUGUAUUAUUCGGUACCGAUAACAAUAACAUUUUGUAUGGAAUAUUUGCUGGCCGUGACGUCGCUUUUUAUCUUGGGACAUUUGGGGAAAGCAUCAGAUCUCGCCAGUGCGUCUUUAGCCGUGAUGACGUUCAACAUUACUGGCUUGGCAGUUAUCGAAGGUAUGUCUAGUGCAUUGGAUACUCUAUGCCCACAAGCAUUUGGUGCUCAGAAAUACACGCGUGUGGGACUUUAUUUCCAAAGAUGUACUGCGAUGAUCUUAAUCGCAGCGAUUCCGAUCUGUAUUUCGUGGUGGACUUGCGAGAAAUGGUUACAAUACUUGGUUCCCGAGAAAGACCUCUUGGCGAACGUCCAAGUAUUUUUGAGAAUAACCUCGUUGGCGUUACCGGGGCUCAUUUUUUUCGAAACGGGCAAGCGAUUCGUUCAGGCUCAGGGCAUAUUUGACGCUAGUACCUGGGUGUUGGUGUUCAAUGUUCCUCUCAAUAUUGUUAUCAGCAUAUUUUUGACAAAGAGAUAUGGAUUUGUGGGUGCCCCAAUUGCGAUAACAAUAACGUACUGGUUAAUGGCCAUCAUACUCUUCCUUUAUUGUCUGUUUUUUGUUCCGACUACGAAACAGUGUUGGUAUCCGGUGUUAGAGAGUUCAUUCCAUUUAAAGCGUGUGUUUUCCAAUUGGGGUCCUAUUUGGAGACUUGCAUUUCCAGGUUUAGUCAUGAUCGAAUCCGAGUAUCUUUCUUUUGAAGUCCUGACUGUAAUGUCAACGCAUUUCGGUGUGAGAGCAAUAGCAGCGCAGUCUGUCAUCGCCAAUUUGGGUUCCUUAAUAUACCAAAUCCCCUUUGCCAUGGGAUGCGUUGUUGCUACUCGAAUUGCUAACUAUAUAGGUUCUGGCUUGCUGCGAAACGCCGGAACAACGGUAAAAGCGUCAUGGUUGUUGGGGGCAAUAAUUGGGAUUACCAACUGCUUGCUCAUCAUGUUUGGGAAGAGAUGGCUUUGCUUGUUGUUUACGCGGGACAAAGAGAUAAUUGAAGUGGCAGCUCGGGCUUUACCUAUUUUGGCUCUGAAUCAAUUAUGUGACGGUUUGGCAACUUUCAAUGCCGCCAUUUUAAGGGCUCAGGGUCGUCAGGCGCUCGGAGGUUUGAUUAAUGUGAUCAACUACUAUUUUAUCGCUCUACCGUUGAGCUAUUGGUUUGCAUUUGGUCCACUUCAUUUGGAACUCAAAGGUUUAUGGUACGGUUGCGGAGUUGGCAUUUUUCUUAUGGCACUGUGCUUGAUGGCAUGCGUCCGAAAAAGUAACUGGGGCGAGAUAUUGCAAAACUUCAUAGAAAGAGAAGAAAGGGAAGCGGAAAUAGAUAUGGACAGCAUCGCAACUGGUUAA